AUGAGCUCUCGAUCACGAGUCAGUAAACCCGGCAACAGCCCCCACUCCCUCUCUCUCGUCCCAUCCCAAGCUAAAACACACACCAACAACACAGCUAUCGCCGGCUCAGCCCACAAAGAGCCUGAGUACUGGAGUGACAGGGCAGCGGGGCAGAAGUGCCGAUGAAAAGAGCCUAGAGAAGUAACCUCUUCAAUCUCCGAUCAACUAACAGACCUCUGAAAUGAAAAUGCACGGACAGAACCAGUGGGCUCGGGUUGCUGUGAUGGCGCUCCUGGUGUUGUCGGCGAUGGCGGCUGAAGGAGGCAAAGCAGAGAAGCAAGCAGGAAAGAAGGAGCGCAAGUCCGACUGUGGGGAGUGGCAGUGGAGCGUCUGUGUGGCAAAUGAAGGCGACUGCGGACUUGGAACCAGGGAGGGGACGCGCACCGGCACUGACUGCAAGCAAACCAUCAAAACCCAGCGCUGCAAGAUCCCCUGCAACUGGAAGAAGAAGUUUGGAGGGGAGUGCAAGUACGAAUUCCAAGCUUGGGGGGAGUGCGACCUGGCCACAGGGAAGAAGAACAGGACAGGAGUGUUAAAGCGAGCGCUGAUGGACGCCACCUGUGCUGCCACAGUCACAGCCACCAAACCAUGCGGGAAAGUCCCCAAGACCAAGCUCCAAGAUGCAAAGAAGCAAAAGAAAGAAGGCAAGAAGCGAGACCGCAGCCAAAUGGACUGAUGUUCAUCCCAGGGAAGAGGAAGGCAAAGAAGUGUGGCCGCCCAAAUUCUACACACUUCCUCUUUCACCUGUAGGCUGUAGAGGGAGCGUCAGCCGAAAUGUUCUAGUGCUCCUCUCGUCUCUCUCUCUCGCUCCUGAGGAGACGCCAUUGUAUGUUUCCCUUUUAGAAAGCCAACUACUCAGCAGUAGCACGUUUGUUUCCCUGCCUCCUUAUCUAAUGAUGUUAUAUUUUAGCUUGUCAUUGUGGUAAAAUCCAGUCAGAUAGGACUUGUUUUCGCUGUUGUAUAGCCAGACGCUAAUUUGUAAAGAUCCCUGCGCCCUGUUGCAACUUAAUGAAACCGUUUGUUCAAAGUGACGUUCCAGUUUCAGGGUCAAAACUCUAGGAUUCUUGCAGUGGUUAGAGCGAGUUACAGCCCUUUGACUUUAUGAAACUUUGGUCGGUAACGCUCGACUCCCCCCCUCCCCCCCCGUGUGUGGGAACAUGGCUUCUUUACCUGCUGCUUUCUUUGAACUGUACCUCAGCUGAACCUUCCGUACCGACCUGUGAUUUAGAGAGGUGGAGGAAAAUGCAGCGUAGCUCUCAGAUGAUGUUAACUUUCCUGCUUCCUUUCCGUGAUUAAAUAAAGCGAUAAUAAACGUUGAAUAAAAGUUUAA